CGGGUUCCAUUGACGUUACUUCCGGGAAAAGUAACCUUUCUUUGGCGGUUGCUGGGCCGCUGAGCUCUCGCGACAUUUGCUCCCGCGAGAUGUGCUUGCUCACUCCAGCGAUGACAUCCUCCUCCUCCCCGUCGCCUUUCGGCAAUCUUCGCCAGUCCCAGCCCCGACCAAUCUGCACUCAGAUAGUAUAGAUGAGGGUCUCCCCCAGAACUUCGGUCCGCGAGGGGCAUCAGGCGGCAGCGGCGGGGUACAAGCUGCACGAGGCCGACCCUAGCGGCACUGUGGGUGGACACGAGCUGGCGACUAGCAGAGAGCGUGGGCGGGGCGGGGGUAAGCCAGCCGAGUAGCUGCUCGAUUGUUCUGGCCUGGCUAUGGCGCCUCUCCUCCCCCCCGCCAUGGCUCCCCGUGUCCCUGCUCCGCUCCUCUCAGUGAGUGAAAGUGGCCGCCGCCGCCGCCGGCCCAGCGCCCGCAGCCGCCUCAGCGCCGCCGCCAUCUUGGGGUCCCAGGAGCCGCCGAGGGAGCGAGCUAGGAGCGUUCCCGUCCAACGCAGUCACCGUCCCUCGGCCUCAGAGAGCGAACCGCGGCUACACAGUCGGCGGGGCGACCCCCCCCUCCGGACCCCGCCCGCACCCCACCCCCCCUCCGCCGCCGCCGCGGCGGCGGGGCCCCUCGGCCCGAGCUGUGCAGUCGGAGGUCCUCGUGCAUGAAGACAAAUUUGUUCUAUGGCCUCGGAGUUGGGUGCCGGGGACGAUGGCAGCUGCAGUGAGCUGGCAAAGCCCCUCUAUCUUCAGUACCUGGAGAGGGCCUUGCGGUUGGACCAUUUUCUGCGACAAACAUCGGCCAUCUUCAACAGGAAUAUCUCUAGUGAUGACAGUGAAGAUGGACUGGAUGACAAUAAUCCCUUAUUACCAGAGUCUGGGGAUCCCUUAAUACAAGUAAAAGAAGAACCUCCAAAUUCAUUGCUUGGUGAAACUUCAGGAGCAAGCAAUUCUGGAUUAUUGAACCCGUACUCACUGAAUGGAGUUCUUCAGUCAGAAUCAAAAUCUGACAAGGGGAAUUUAUAUAACUUCUCUAAGUUGAAGAAAAGCAGAAAGUGGCUAAAGAGCAUUCUUUUAAGUGAUGAGUCCAGUGAGGCAGAUUCUCAGAGUGAAGACGAUGAUGAUGAAGAAGAAGAACUCAGUCUCAGCAGAGAAGAACUUCACAACAUGCUUCGAUUACACAAAUAUAAGAAACUUCACCAAAAUAAAUAUAGUAAAGAUAAGGAGUUGCAGCAAUACCAGUACUACAGUGCAGGCCUGCUCUCAACAUAUGACCCUUUCUAUGAGCAACAGCGUCAUUUACUUGGACCCAAAAAAAAGAAAUUCAAGGAAGACAAGAAGCUUAAAGCUAAGUUGAAAAAGGUGAAGAAAAAAAGACGACGAGAUGAAGAGCUUUCAUCUGAGGAAUCUCCACGUCACCACCAUCACCAGACCAAAGUCUUUGCUAAAUUUUCUCAUGAUGCACCUCCCCCUGGCACCAAGAAAAAACACUUAUCCAUUGAGCAGCUUAAUGCUCGCCGCAGGAAAGUAUGGCUUAGCAUCGUGAAGAAGGAACUACCAAAGGCCAACAAGCAGAAAUCUUCAGCUCGAAACUUAUUUCUCACCAAUAGCCGAAAGCUUGCCCACCAGUGCAUGAAGGAAGUGCGUCGAGCUGCCUUGCAAGCACAGAAGAACUGUAAGGAGACUUUGCCUCGUGCUCGACGCCUAACCAAGGAGAUGCUUCUGUACUGGAAGAAGUAUGAGAAGGUGGAGAAAGAGCACCGCAAACGAGCAGAGAAGGAAGCUUUGGAGCAGCGGAAGUUGGAUGAGGAAAUGAGGGAGGCUAAGAGGCAGCAGCGAAAACUCAACUUCUUAAUCACUCAGACAGAGUUGUAUGCUCAUUUCAUGAGUCGAAAACGUGACAUGGGUCAUGAUGGAAUCCAGGAAGAAAUCCUAAGGAAACUGGAAGAUAGUUCUACCCAGAGGCAAAUUGACAUUGGUGGUGGAGUAGUCGUUAACAUCACCCAGGAAGAUUAUGAUAGUAACCAUUUUAAAGCCCAGGCCCUGAAGAAUGCUGAAAAUGCUUACCAUAUUCACCAAGCUCGAACAAGGUCAUUUGAUGAAGAUGCAAAAGAAAGUCGUGCAGCUGCCCUUAGGGCAGCAGACAAGUCUGGCUCUGGGUUUGGGGAGAGUUACAGCCUUGCGAAUCCAUCCAUCCGUGCUGGUGAGGAUAUUCCACAACCCACUAUUUUCAAUGGCAAAUUGAAAGGUUACCAGCUGAAAGGCAUGAACUGGUUAGCCAAUCUCUAUGAACAGGGUAUUAAUGGAAUUCUUGCUGAUGAAAUGGGUCUUGGUAAAACUGUACAGAGCAUUGCCCUCCUGGCCCAUCUGGCUGAGAGAGAAAACAUCUGGGGACCUUUCCUAAUAAUUUCACCUGCUUCUACACUCAAUAAUUGGCACCAGGAGUUUACAAGAUUUGUUCCUAAAUUUAAGGUGCUACCAUAUUGGGGAAAUCCUCAUGAUAGGAAAGUCAUCCGGAGAUUCUGGAGUCAGAAGACUUUAUACACUCAGGAUGCCCCCUUCCAUGUGGUCAUCACUAGCUACCAGCUGGUAGUACAGGAUGUCAAGUAUUUCCAGCGGGUCAAGUGGCAAUACAUGGUACUGGAUGAAGCUCAGGCACUGAAGAGCAGUUCCAGUGUUCGUUGGAAGAUUCUCUUACAAUUCCAGUGUCGGAAUCGGCUUUUGUUAACUGGAACCCCCAUUCAGAAUACCAUGGCAGAGCUCUGGGCUCUGCUACAUUUCAUUAUGCCAACAUUAUUUGAUUCACAUGAAGAAUUCAAUGAAUGGUUUUCCAAGGACAUUGAAAGUCAUGCUGAAAACAAAUCUGCUAUUGAUGAGAAUCAACUCUCUCGAUUACACAUGAUCUUGAAGCCAUUUAUGCUGAGAAGAAUCAAAAAAGAUGUAGAAAAUGAAUUAUCUGACAAAAUUGAGAUUCUAAUGUACUGCCAAUUGACCAGUCGACAAAAGCUCUUAUAUCAGGCACUAAAGAAUAAAAUAUCCAUUGAGGACUUACUGCAGUCUUCUAUGGGCUCUACUCAGCAAGCACAGACCACCACCAGCAGCCUCAUGAAUCUUGUCAUGCAGUUCAGGAAGGUGUGUAAUCACCCAGAGUUAUUUGAACGGCAAGAAACUUGGUCUCCAUUUCAUAUUUCCCUAAAGCCAUAUGAAAUUUCAAAGUUUAUCUAUCGUCAUGGACAGAUCAGGGUCUUCAACCAUUCACGAGAUAGGUGGUUAAAGGUUCUGCUUUCUCCAUUUGCACCAGACUAUAUCCAGCAGUCACUUUUCCACAGAAAAGGUAUUAAUGAAGGAAGCUGUUUUUCUUUCCUUCGAUUUAUUGAUGUGUCGCCAGCAGAAAUGGCAAACCUCAUGCUUCAGGGACUUUUGGCCAGGUGGCUAGCUCUUUUCCUGUCUCUGAAAGCCUCCUACAGGCUUCAUCAGCUACGCUUUUGGGAAGAGCCAGACAGGGAGAGCCAUCAGAGAUAUCUGAGAAAUAAGGAUUUUCUUCUUGGAGUUGAUUUUCCACUUUCCUUCCCUAACCUUUGUAGCUGCCCUUUGUUAAAGUCUCUUGUUUUUAGCAGCCAUUGUAAAGCAGUGAGUGGCUACUCAGACCAGGUCGUCCAUCAGCGGAGAUCAGCUACCUCCUCACUUCGUUGCUGCCUGCUCACUGAGCUGCCAUCUUUUUUGUGUGUGGCCAGUCCACGAGUCACCGCAGUGCCGCUGGAUUCUUACUGUAACGACAGAAGUGCAGAGUAUGAGAGAAGAGUUCUGAAAGAGGGAGGGAGUCUUACUGCCAAGCAGUGUUUGUUGAAUGGGGCUCCUGAGCUGGCUACGGAUUGGCUAAAUCGCAGGUCACAGUUCUUCCCAGAGCCAGCUGGAGGGCUAUGGAGCAUCAGGCCCCAGAACGGCUGGUCUUUCAUCAGAAUUCCAGGCAAGGAGAGCCUCAUCACAGACAGUGGAAAGCUGUAUGCCCUUGAUAUCCUGUUGACUCGACUCAAGUCUCAAGGACAUAGGGUCCUUAUCUACUCUCAGAUGACCAGGAUGAUAGACCUGCUGGAGGAAUAUAUGGUUUACAGAAAGCAUACCUACAUGAGGCUGGAUGGUUCUUCCAAGAUCUCAGAGAGACGGGACAUGGUUGCUGAUUUUCAGACCAGGAAUGACAUCUUUGUGUUUCUGUUAAGCACACGAGCUGGAGGACUGGGUAUCAACCUAACGGCUGCAGAUACAGUGAUUUUCUACGAUAGUGACUGGAACCCCACUGUAGACCAGCAGGCCAUGGAUAGGGCCCACCGCUUAGGGCAGACAAAGCAAGUCACUGUGUACCGGCUCAUCUGUAAAGGCACAAUUGAGGAGCGUAUUCUGCAGAGAGCCAAGGAAAAGAGUGAGAUUCAGCGAAUGGUGAUUUCUGGUGGGAACUUCAAACCAGAUACCUUGAAACCCAAAGAGGUGGUUAGCCUUCUUCUGGAUGAUGAAGAGCUGGAGAAGAAACUGAGACUACGGCAGGAGGAGAAACGGCAACAGGAGGAGACCAACCGAGUGAAAGAACGAAAACGCAAACGAGAAAAAUACGCAGAGAAGAAGAAAAAGGAAGAUGAAUUGGAUGGGAAAAGGAGAAAAGAGGGUAUGAAUCUCGUGAUCCCAUUUGUUCCUUCUGCUGAUAACUCCAACCUCUCUGCUGAUGGCGAUGACUCCUUCAUAAGUGUAGAUUCGGCCAUGCCCAGCCCUUUCAGUGAGAUCUCCAUCAGCAGUGAGCUGCACACUGGCUCCAUUCCCCCUGAUGAGAGCAGCAGUGACAUGUUGGUUAUCGUGGAUGACCCAGCCUCCUCAGCUCCUCAGUCUCGAGCCACUAACUCUCCUGCUUCCAUAACAGGCUCUGUCUCGGACACUGUGAAUGGAAUUUCCAUUCAGGAAGUGCCAGCUGCAGGACGUGGUCACUCAGCUCGAAGCCGUGGCCGCCCCAAAGGUUCAGGAAGCACAGCCAAAGGAGCAGGGAAAGGCCGGAGCCGCAAGUCCACAGCAGGCAGUGCUGCUGCAAUGGCCGGAGCCAAAGCCGGGGCUGCAGCGGCUUCUGCAGCUGCUUAUGCUGCAUACGGGUACAAUGUGUCUAAAGGAAUCUCCGCAAGCAGUCCUCUGCAGACAUCCCUUGUCCGACCUGCUGGCCUUGCAGACUUUGGACCUUCAAGCGCCUCUUCUCCUUUAAGUUCCCCUUUGAACAAAGGAAAUAAUAUUCCUGGGACUCCUAAGAGCCUCCACAUGACCAGCAGCUUAGCCUCAGACUCCCUGAUCCGGAAACAGGGCAAAGGCACCAACCCCGCUGGAGGACGGUAACCAUCUCUGCCCUCUAGCUUCCUUCAACCAAACCAGGGGCUGCAGUCCCAGGCCACAGGUGGUCUUUGGAUGGCUUAUCCAGUGUGGCAUCUUGCAUCCUAUCUGGAGAGUGGAAAAGACCAGUUGCAGCAGAAGAGGACAGGCAGGUGGUCAGUCGGUGUGAGCACUUUUAUCACCUGUUUCCAAAGGAGUGUCCUGGGUGCUGUCCCACAGCACCCAGAUGAACUCUGCAGCCAAGUCUUAACCUCUUUCUGGGAAAGGGCCUGACACAGACCCCUUUCAGAUGCUCAGGCACAGUCUCCAUCCACAUCCACUCUUCAGCUCUGACCAUGUCCCUUAUGAAGGCUCCACCGGUGCUGUGAAGAGCCUUCUAUAGUGGAGACCUCUCUAAAGGUUAUGAUUUCCUAUAGGGCUAGAAAGGGAGGAAAUGGUUCCCUGGUAUUCACUGUCUGGAGUGCUGCUGGGUCUCUAAACCCCAUUUGCCACGGUGUCAUUACUAAGUGUGCAGUGGAUGCCAGAGAAGACGGUGGCUAUAGGAUGACAGAGGCUGGAGGAAGCAGACCCACAGGCAGUUUUCCCAGCAUUCCUCCACUGUCCAGCACGUUCACACCAGGGAAGCAUUACUCCCACCAGCAACAGUAGCAGCAGCCCCCACUCAAGGGACUUCCCAGAAGCCAGUAAAGAGACCAGGAGCCACCUCAAUCAGCAGGACACCCCCACCACCCUCUUGCGGAUGCUUUGUCCGUCCUGAAUGCACAGUCUCCCUGGCUUUGCCCGUCAGCCCCCUGCUUGGCUGUAUGCACUGUCUGUAUUGCACUGAGAAAGAAGGGACAGCAGGAGUGAGAUGGGGAGGGAGCAAGCUCAGCACCACCCCUCCCAGCCCCGGCCCCACUUGCCUGAGCUUGCUGCCCUCUGAGAGGGGAAAGGGGCGGCUGGGAGGACUUUCCACCUGAUGUCCCUGGUGGAACAGGUGCUUCUGGGCGGGCCAGCCUCUAAUUUGCACACCUGAAAAUCGCGGAAUUGAGUUUAGAUAGAUUGAUUUUUUAAACUUUUUUUUUUUUGGAGUAGGUGUAGGGGAAAUCAUUUAAUUUAAAUCAUAAAGAUUCCCCUACCCAAACCCUGCCUCCUGUGUACAGAUGCUCUUUAGAGGGGAUCAGAAAAAUGCCAAGCCUUUUUCUCUUUGAAUGUGCUGUCUAUUUUUAUAGCUGAACUUGUACAUAUGUAUAAAGAGAGACACAUCUUUCUUUUACUAACUGGAUAAAAAAAUCUUAAAUAAAAUGGAGUGAAAUAAUUUUAUGUAAA